GGCUCAGUUCUGGGGGUUUGACUGACGCCAGUUUCUCCACGUUACCGACACGAUUUCACCCCCGAGGAGACGGGGCGCCACGAGUCCUACUGGGGUAUCUGCAUAUCGGCCAAGCGGGGGGGCUCCGUUCGUACUUGUUCAACUGUACAAAUGAUCAACUGUACACAGAAUUUUCAAACGGUGAGAGCACCGUUUGAAAAUUCUAAAAUUCUAAAAAGCUAGGCUAUUGUCGCGUAGACCGCUACUUACCAUAUAGGGUCCCUAUGACCACCAUAUUAUUACUAGAUCUAGCGUCUGGCGUUCAAAUAUUGUAUUCAAUAAUUUAAACUCUCGAGAAAAGGUUCAGGCCGUUUGUAAUAUUUUUAAACACUUUUGAAGAUGAAAAAACAAAGCCUUUUGAAAUUGUCAGUUUCAGAAACUUGUGAGCGGAUACAAGUAAUAAAUCUUGUAAUUUAUUAACUGAGCUCAAGGCCACGAUUGGUCCCCUACUCCUUAUUGAGAAACAGGGCCCUUCGUCCUGAUACUUAGGAUAAAUAUUGGAGGAAUAUUGUAAGAGCAGAUCGAUUUUAGACGUGGAAACGUGCAGUCUAAGUCUACAACCUAAUAAUAAACGUUUCAUUAUUAUAAUCCCAUACAUUGGUGUUUGUAUUCAUUUAAUCAAUUCAAAAAUCCCGCACUUGUGGAGCAGAGUGGUUUUGCACUCCACGGGCAUCGGACCUGCCACCUGGAAACCAGCAAACCAGACGGGAACGCAACAUAUUUUGGUGACAGCGGUGGGAUAUUAAUAAAACAAAUAAAACAAUAUAAAAUUCAAAAGUGAUAGUGCCGGCUCACAAGUGUGUGGUUCGAAAUAAAAACUGAAAAAAAUUACAAUAUUAGACAACUGCAAUAGUUAAAGUGAUGUUAGUGAUCUGAACUGGUGAUUAAUUGAGCGGGAGUUGAAAAAUAAACCUUUUUGAAAGUCGUUGGCGAAUUUCCACUCAUUUAAUAUGUUUAAAAUUAAAAUUCGGGUACACUGAAGGACGUCGCCUUGGCUACCGCCUCUUUUAGUGGACUUAACUCAACGUCAUCCACAAUUAUCAAGAUAAUCAUUAUCACGCAUCUCUCUAUCUUGGGUUUUUUGAGUACGGUUUUCCCCAAGAACGUCGGGCAAAUGCCAGAGAGGGUGGUUUCAAUGACCGUACAUUGUCAUUGCCAUUGAAAUCACACGCAUCAAAGAGGCUAAAAUCAUAAUCCACGAAAAUCAAUUGACAACUAUCGAUAAUUACCAUCAUCAAAGCCAUCAUCAAAAGAAUUAAUUCUACCGAACGAGGGGAGACUGCAGCAGCCGACGGGUGCCCGGGCGGUGAACGCCGGCACAAUUGCAAUCAUCAACACGGGGACGACAUCAUCAACAUCUCCAGGCGGUGAACACCGACGGCCAAUGGAUCGGAGCAACUUGUGAUUUCAUCAAAAUAAAGACACUAAGUGAAUUAAUAAAAGAAAAAUAUAGAAGUCAUCAGGACGUAAGUCUUUUCAAUUUUUAUAUAUAAAAUGUCGCACAGGGAUCUAGAUGUACAGCUGAGUGCUAGUGGUCAAUUCCAGGUAGAAAUCUAUGAUUUUGUUCCUCCUCAGUCAAGUUUUGCGCCUCCUCAACUUCGACAAAUUCAGCCCACAAACGGUCAGACCGAUGAAAUAACACGAUAUAACCCUCUAAUGACCUUCCAAAAUGCGACACAUUCUUCAUCUCAGAGUGAUUCACCGCGUAUCUCUCAUUCCCCCAGCGAUAAUUUAUUCAUUAAUGCUGUUGAAAUGGAGUCACCGUCUCACACUCAGUCAUAUUUGCCUUUGAAAUUAGCCAGUGAUAUGAUUCCUCGUUUCGAUGGAAAAGCCGCGGAGCUAACCAAUUUUUUGCAACAAUGUAAAAUCGCGAAUUCACGCGUGAAACCAACCGAUUGUAUUAAUUUAUUAGCUCUAAUUUGCAGCAAGAUCGAAGGGCACGCUAAACGACUUAUUGCAAAUCAAGACGAACCUCGGACUCUUGUUGAACUGAUCGGAUUAUUGAAGAGGGCAUUCAUUCGGGUUUUUGACAUCGACCUAGUUAAUGACGAAUUACGCAGUUUAGCUCAAAAUGAAAAAGAAAGCAUCGAAAUUUUUGGAGCUCGAGUUUUGGAAGUUCUCGUUCGCGGUCGUGAGGCAGCCAACGAAAAAUAUGAUAAUGUUCAGAUCGUUGGGAUAAUUACACUCCUCAACAACUCUGCAAUGACAUGCUUCACUCGAGGAUUACGCGAUCCAUUGAUGAGUACUCUUUUGGCAAAAGAAAAACCAUCUUCCUUGCAAAAUGCAAUCGAUAUUGCGACUAGAAUCGAGGUAGAGAACGCCGAACGUACCCGUCAUUUGCAAAUGUCCUCUUCGAAGCCAAUUACUGCUCACGCAAGGGUCCAUAGUGCAAAUUACUCGCAUCAGAAUGAUGGUCAACGCCAACCCCGACGCGACGGUUAUCGUAACUCAGGGCGAGAUUACGCACGUAGACGCGAUUACAGAUGCGACGGGCACGAACGUGAACGUGAACGUGAAAAACGUUAUCAAUUCGACAGACGACCCAACAAUCGCACUAACAAUUAUUCGGGAAAUCGUAGAGAUUAUUCUAAUAAUCACUCUCAGUAUCAGAAGAAAGAGGAAAAUCGGGGAUGUCGCGGUAAUAAUGACCAGCAUUUAAACUCAAAGGGGGCUCCGCCGGCCAUCAACGCGCGGAGCGAAGUAUUAAUUGCGCGCGCAGAGCCCACAGGGUCUGUUACAACAGCGAGAGUGACGGGGCUGGAAAACUCCCAAUAA